AUUCUGGAAAAUGAAAGUAUCGUAGAUAAAAGAAUCUCGGAAACACUUUUCAUUAAGAGGAGCAGGGGAGAACCUUAGAAAAAGGUCUGAGCCACACUUGUUGCUUGUUGAUAACUAACUUUACUACCAACACUUGGCAACUAAACAAAGCAUAGGAAACGUAAUCACAGAUCUGGCGUAUAAUUUGAGAAUUUCGUGUCGGUGUGAGGUACUGUACAGUUUCUCUAUCAUACCUUAAAUGUUUUAUCGAAGAGCUUUUAGAUGGGGCAUUGGUACAGCUAUUUUAAGUGUGUCUUUAGCAUCUUUAUAUAAAAACAAAUGGGACGUAUCAACAAUAGGAUUUUUAAGAUUUGGUCGAGCUGCUGUUACUGUUACAAAAAUAGCUGUGGACUAUAAAUGGUCUUUAAAAGGUUUAGAUGUAAACAGUCAGCAGUAUGAGCAGUUGAAGUCUGAGGUUCAUUUUCGUUCUGCCCAAAAACUUCUUGAUUUAUGCUGCAAAAAUGGAGGAGCAUUUAUAAAAGUUGGUCAGCACAUUGGAGCAUUAAAUUACUUAUUGCCAUAUGAAUAUGUAUCAACCCUCAAAGUAUUACACAAUAAAGCUCCAAAAGCGAGCAUCAAAGAUGUUCUUCAUGUAGUUCAAGAAGAUUUAGGAGAUGAGGCUUUAAAAAUAUUCAAAACUUUUGAACCAGAGCCACUUGGGGCAGCUUCAUUAGCACAAGUCCAUUUAGCAACUUUACAGGAUGAUACAAAAGUUGCAGUUAAAGUACAACAUAAAAAUGUUCAAGCACAUGCAAAAGUUGACAUGGCAACAAUGGAACUCCUUGUCAAUAUUGUAGCCUGGCUGUUUCCUGAAUUCACGUUUAUGUGGCUUGCUGAAGAAACAAAAAGAAACUUGCCAUUAGAAUUGGAUUUUAUUCAUGAGGGUCACAAUGCAGAGAGAGUUGGUAAAAUGUUUUCAUCUCUUACUUGGCUCAAGGUACCUCGCAUUUAUUGGGAUCUAUCCACAUCACGUGUACUUACAAUGGAAUAUUGUAGUGGUGGCCAGGUGGAUGAUAAUGAUUACAUUAGAAGGAAUAAUAUAUCUGCAGCAGAAGUAUCCAAGAAACUUGGAGAAUUAUACAGCCAGAUGAUUUUUGUGCAAGGCUAUGUGCAUUGUGAUCCUCAUCCUGGUAAUAUUCUUGUGCAAAAAGAUGAAGCUUCUAAUGAAGUGAAAGUAGUUCUGCUAGAUCAUGGGCUCUAUACAAAUUUGACAGAUCAAUUCAGGAUAGAUUACUGUAAUAUGUGGUUAGCUUUGAUGAAAGCUGAUGUGAAAGGAGUUGAACACUAUGGGCAUAAACUUGGUGUUGGAGAAUUAUAUGCUCUUCUUGCUUGUAUGAUUACAGCUCGUUCAUGGACAGCUGUAACUAAGGGGAUUGAAAAACAUAAACCUACAACUGAAGAGAAAAAAGAAAUUAGGGAUAAUGCAGCGAAUUAUCUCCCAGAGAUUACCACAGUUUUAAGUAAAGUGCCUCGAGAAAUGCUACUUAUUUUCAAAACUAAUGACCUUCUAAGAGGUAUAGAAGGUUCUUUGGGUGUUAAGGGUGCUGCUGGAUCGUUUAUUGCAAUGUCAAAGUGUUGUAUUAAAGCAGUAUAUGAAGAACAAAUGAAGUCUUGUAAAUCUUUUUUGAGUUCAUUAAAAAUUACUUUUGCAAGAAGUCUAGCUUUUAGUAGAAUAAUUAUUUAUCAGUAUUAUUUGUGGUUUAUAAAUUUAAGUAUUGUUUCAAAGGUAGGUAUUUUAUCUUGAAGAACAAUAGCUUCCUAAUUUCAUACUCUAAUCAAAUCAUAUGCAUUUUCUAAAGAAUGGGCAUUUGAAAGGUAAUAAACUAACAAGUUUUGCAUGUCAUUAAUUCUGUUUUGUAGAUUAAGUUAUAAUUUAUUGUCAUACAUAAGUUAAGAAGUUUUGAAUGCUAUAGCUAAUAUAUAUAUAUAUAUAUAUAUAUAUUGUUAUCAGAUUGCUUUUAAUCACAAUGUAUAUAUUUUUAUGAGAUCCAAAAAUAAUAAAUUUCCAGUGAUAAUAUAUAUUUUAAUACUGUUA